AUGACAGUUUUCUUUGAACCAACCAUAGUUAUCAACAGCAAGCUCGAAGAGAAUAAUGAUAAUCCAUAUGAAGAUACUGGUAUUGCUAUUGAUAAUAGUGUAACAAUUCUUUCAAGCACCCCAUCUAUAUCACCUUCUAAGACAAGAAGCAAUAGUAGUCUCAGUCCGACUGAAUAUCAUACAUACUUUGUUGAGAAAAAUAAGGAUUGGCAGGAACGAUAUCAGAAGAAGACAUUGAACGCAAAUCAUGAACAAGCAAACGAAGCCAGCAAUUAUCAACAAAAGACCGAUCAGCGAGUUGAUGAUGUAAGCACAUCCUCUGCCUUAAUGUUGGUUGCGGACGAUAAUCUAGAGAAUAAAGAACAAGAAUCCAAUAAACAGACACUGAUAAUUGAAGAAAAUGGUAGUGAAUAUUGCAAUGACAACAUCAAUGCAAUCAACUAUGAUUGCCGUGAUUAUAACAAUAGUAACAAUAGAUUUGUUGGCUGGAAAGCGUGUUUUUCUCCAAGAAGGACAACAGAUAGACUGACGUCUAACCGCUGUAUGGGCCCAGAGCUGCAGACCGGGGAAGAAAGAUAUUACAAGAUAUUACAGUGUUACUGCCGAGAAAGAGAGAGAACUAAUGAACAAAAGGAAAAAAGGACCAGGAAACUGUGGUUGACUGGCAAUAACGUCCGUAGGAAGAAACAAUUCAUUGUAAUAUUAAUGAUUUUCAUUGGUAUAUUUGUUGGUGGGGUCAUAUACAUCCUCGCGGGAAUCGGGAAAGCAAAGUUAAAAUCCUUGCUGAAAAAUAAUAAUAAUAGUGUCGUAGGAACCUCAUUCUUAACAGCAGCUACAAAAACCGCUGAGAACAAGGGCUCUCAUACGUCAAUGUUCGGACUAAAUCCUUGGAUCACAAAUACGACAGCAACCUCUAUUGCUACAAUAUCAGCAUCAGCUAGCGAAAAACCCGUAAUAAAAUGGUGGCAGUAG